CAAGAUGGCGCCCGGACGGUGCCGGCGCUGAGGCCGCUCCGCCGCCAGCGGGGCCCGGGGUGCAUGUAAUCAAAGGAGUUUCUUUGUUGUAUCUUUUCAGAACACAACAGGAAUUCAAAAUGAAUCAGAACACAAGUGAGUCCCCUGUAGCUGUGGAGACCUUGGAUGAUGUUCCUGAGCACGUGCUUCGGGGCCUUCCUGAGGACGUGAGGCUCUUCCCAUCUGCUGUGGACAAGAGUCGGCUUGGUGUCUGGGCAACAAAAUCAAUUUUGAAAGGCAAGAAGUUUGGACCAUUUGUUGGUGACAAGAAAAAAAGAUCUCAAGUUAAGAGCAAUGUAUACAUGUGGGAGGUGUAUUACCCCAACCUGGGCUGGAUGUGUGUGGAUGCCACCGACCCCGAGAAGGGCAACUGGCUGCGCUACAUAAACUGGGCGCGCUCGGGGAAGGAGCAGAACCUCUUCCCUCUGGAGAUCAACAGGACCAUUUACUACAAGAGUCUGAAGCCAAUCGCGGCGGGCGAGGAGCUUCUGGUGUGGUACAAUGGCGAGGACGACCCGGCGAUAGCGGCCGCGAUCGAGGAGGAGCGAGCGAGCGCCCGCAGCCGCCGGCACUCCCCGAAGGCCCGCAGAGGAAAGAAGAAGACUCAGGAAGGUAAAAACAAGGGAAAGAAAGCCACAGAUACAAAACAGAAAAAGGCUGAUUUGGAUUCUACUUCUGCAGAUAUGAGGGAUUCUAAAGAGAGUCAUAAAGAGGAAGAUGAAGCACCUUCUGUUUCUGCUGUGCUGUCUCUGGAACAAACAGCUGUGAUUCAGGAAAUGGUAAAUCAAGAUGUACUUCCAAAGCUGAUGAUCCCCAGUCCAGCCAAUGAACCACAAGUGGUAACUGAAGACAAGCAAGGAGAAGCAAUAAACUGUGCAUCAGAUGAUUUAGAUGACGAAGAAGAGGAUGAUGAAGAAGAGGAAGAUGAAGAGGAAAUAGAGGAUACCAAUAUGCCUAAAGAAAAUGCUGAAAUGCCUUUGAUGUGUGAAGAAAAGCUGGACUCCUUGGAAGAACAAAAGAGUACAUCAGAGGAAUCUCCAGAAAGCUCUCCAAAGAAAAAACUCGUGGUGAAAAUCCCAAAAGCACAGGGGGAAUCCAACGGUGAUGUUCAGGAAACAUUCAUGUUUCCCUGCCAGCACUGUGAGAGGAAGUUUACAACAAAGCAGGGACUGGAGCGCCACAUGCACAUCCAUAUUUCCACCCUGAGCCACGCGUUCAAGUGUCGGUACUGCGGGAAAGCCUUCGGCACUCAGAUCAACAGGCGGAGGCACGAGCGGCGCCACGAGGCCGGGCCGAAAAGGAAACCAUUCCUGACACUGACCUCAUCACAGCACUUGGAUAAUGUUGCUGAUAACCAGGUGAUUGUGGAUGAUGGUCUUAAAGAUGACCUGAACGUUUCCAAUCUUGUGCAAGACUCUGUUGUCUUGGAUUCUGAGAAGGUUUCCCAGGAAAUGUCAAAUUCUGCGUUUGCUGAGGAAAAUAAGGAGCCCAAAGAAUUGCAUCCGUGCAAAUACUGCAAAAAGGUUUUUGGUACUCACACCAACAUGAGGAGGCAUCAGCGGAGGGUUCAUGAGCGUCAUCUUAUUCCCAAAGGUGUCAGAAGAAAAGGGUUCUUUACUGAGGAGCCACCUGUCCCAACAGAGCCGGCCCCUGCAGUCCAGAGUGUGUACAUAGCCAGCACAGAAAUAGAAGAGGAAGGUGAAGGGGAUGAUGUGUAUCUUAUGGAUAUAUCCAGCAAUAUCUCUGAGAAUUUAAAUUACUACAUUGAUGGUAAGAUUCAGUCCAACAGCAACACUAGCAAUUGUGAUGUGAUUCAGAUGGAGUCCAACUCUGCAGACUUGUAUGGGUUGAAUUGUAUAAUCAGUCCAGUCACAGUGGAAAUUUCCUCAAAUUUAAAGGUUACACAAACACUUGUGACUGAACCUGCUAAGGAACCCUCUAGCAGUGGGAGCAGUGAAUCCAAAAAGAGAAGAACUGCUAGCCCUCCUCUUGUACCAAAAAUAAAAACUGAAAUAGACCCAGAACCUAUAACUCCUACUAGUUCUUUAAAUCUUCCUCUUACCAUUUCAACAGAAAGCUUACCUUUUCAUAAAGAAAAAGGGGUUUAUUUGUCAUCAAAAUUAAAGCAGCUCCUUCAGACACAGGACAAUAAGAAGAUAACUCCAUCAAGUGAAAUCCCUAAAAUAGGACCUUCUGUUACAUCAUCGCCUAUUUUGCCUCCAGUAUCCAGCAGGUUUAAAAGAAGGACCAGCUCUCCUCCCAGUUCUCCACAGCACAGUCCAGUGCUUCGAGACUUUGUCAAAUCAGGGGAGGGAAAAACUGUGUGGAAUGAUAAUAUUCGGAGCUCGAAAAUGCCAAAGUUAGAAAGCCACAGCAACUCACCUGCUUGGAGCUUGGCUGGAAGGGAGGACAAAGAAACUUUGAGCCCUCUUUGCUUUGAAGAAUAUAAAAUAUCAAAAGACUGGACAGCAGCUCCGACUUUUGGCAAUGUGUGCAACCAGCAGCCACUGGAUUUGUCCAGUGGUAUGAAACAAAGGUCUGACGUCAAGAGCAAGACUCAGGUUCCCUGGGAAUCCGUUUUAGAUCUAAGUGUGCAUAAGAAGCCUUGCAACGACACUGAAAUCAGGGAAUACAAAGAGAAUUCCACACAGCCAACGUGUAGUGGUGUUAAGAAGAAGAAACCCACCACCUGCAUGCUGCAGAAGGUUCUGCUGAACGAGUACAACGGGACAGACGCGGCCCUGGACAGCGCGCUGGGCGCGGACAGCGCCGCCAGCCCCAGCAAGGCGCUGGAGCCUCAGGCAGAGCCCGAGGCAGAUCCCUCUCUCUCGGCCUCGUCUUCCACUGACACUCAGCCCCUCAGCUCUGCCUCCCCCGUGCCACAGGCGCCUGCAGCACCUGCUGUGUGCCAGCUGCCUCCGUUGUUAACGCCCACCAACCCGCCCUCCCCGCCGCCCUGCCCGCCCGUGUUAACCGUGGCCACGUCGCCUCCCCCCCUGCUCCCAACCAUGCCCUUACCCAUUCCAGAUGUCUCUGCCAGUGCCACUAACACUUCCUCGUGUCCCUCGCCACUCUCCAACACUACUACCCAGUCCCCACUACCAGUUCUUUCACCUACAGUUUCUCCUUCUCCAUCCCCUGUCCCUUCUGUUGAACCUCUUAUUUCUGCUGCUUCACCUGGCCCCCCUACACUGUCUUCCUCCUCUUCCUCCUCCUCUUCCUCCUCUUUCUCAUCCUCUUCCUCCUCCUCAUCUCCAUCUCCACCUCCUCUUUCUGUAGUUUCUUCUGUUGUUUCCUCUGCUGAUAACCUUGAAAGUUCUCUCCCAGUAAUAAAGCAGGAAGAAGCUGAAAGCGAACAGCAGAAAGCAAGAGAAGAUCCUCACACUUCAAGUCAAUCAGUAGUGCAGGAAACGUUCAACAAGAGCUUUGUGUGCAAUGUCUGUGAAUCACCUUUUCUUUCCAUUAAAGACCUAACGAAGCAUUUAUCCAUUCAUGCUGAAGAAUGGCCCUUCAAAUGUGAAUUCUGUGUACAGCUUUUUAGGGAUAAAACAGACUUGUCAGAACAUCGCUUUCUGCUUCAUGGAGUAGGGAAUAUCUUUGUUUGUUCAGUGUGUAAAAAGGAAUUUGCUUUUUUGUGCAAUUUGCAGCAGCAUCAACGGGAUCUCCAUCCAGACAAAGAGUGCUCACAUCAUGAGUUUGAAAGUGGGACUUUGAGACCCCAGAAUUUUACUGACCCCAGUAAGGCAAACGUGGAGCACAUGCAGAGCCUGCCAGAAGAUUCUUUGGAACCUUCCAAAGAGGAGGACGAUGAAGAUCUAAAUGAUUCUUCUGAAGAGCUUUAUACUACUAUAAAAAUAAUGGCUUCUGGAGUGAAAUCUAAAGAUCCAGAUGUUCGUAUGGGCCUCAAUCAACACUACCCAAGCUUUAAACCACCUCCUUUCCAGUAUCACCAUCGUAAUCCCAUGGGUAUUGGAGUUACUGCAACAAACUUCACAACCCACAAUAUCCCCCAGACUUUUACUACUGCCAUUCGAUGCACAAAAUGUGGAAAAAGUGUUGAUAACAUGCCUGAGUUACACAAACACAUACUGGCCUGUGCAUCUGCUAGUGAUAAAAAGAGAUACACACCUAAAAAAAAUCCUGUGCCCCUCAAACAGACAGUGCAGCCUAAGAAUGGCGUGGUGGUUAUUGCUGGGCCUGGGAAGAACGCCUUCAGACGAAUGGGCCAGCCUAAAAGACUCAAUUUCAAUGUUGAGAUUAGCAAAAUGUCCUCCAAUAAACUAAAAAUAAGUGCAUUGAAAAAGAAAAACCAGCUUGUCCAGAAAGCUAUCCUGCAAAAAAAGAAAUCUGCCCAGCAGAAGGCAGAACUGAAAAAUAACUCAUCUGAGACGGACUCUCACAUCUGCCCCUACUGUAACCGAGAGUUCACUUACAUUGGGAGUUUGAACAAACACGCAUCAUACAGCUGCCCCAAAAAACCCAUCUCUCCCUCCUCCAAAAAGAAUUCUUCCAAAAAAAGUGCAGCUUCUUCACCUGCAAACAGUGACAAAGGCAGCAACCAGCGCAGGCGCACAGCAGAUGCAGAAAUCAAAAUGCAGAGCACUCAGGCUCACCUGGGCAAGACGAGAGCGCGAACCUCAGGACCCACACAGCUCCAGCUCCCCUCUGCCUCCUUCAAGUCCAAACAAAACGUUAAAUUUGUACCUUCCAUACGAUCUAAAAAGCCAAAUUCAUCUUCAUCCUUGAGGAACUCUAGUCCUGUAAGAGUGUCUAAAAUGUCCCACGUUGAUGGGAAAAAAACUAAGGUGGUUUCUAAGAACAGUUCCUCUGGAAUCUCCAGCAAAGCGUCCCGGAAAUUGCACGUCAGAAUACAAAGGAAUAAUAAAGCUGUUUUGCCAAGUAAAUCCGUGGCGAGUAAGAAAAAGGCAGACAGGUUCAGUGUAAAAUCUAGAGAGAGGAUUGGAGGACCAAUCACUCGGAGCCUGCAGCAGGCAGCAAAUGCAGAGGCAGCAGAAAACAAAAGAGAGGAAAGCAGUACAAAGCAAGAACUAAAAGAUUUCAGGUGCCAGAAACUUCUGACUGGGAAAGGUGAGGUGAAGUAAUCCUCAAGCAUUGUCCUCUCCUGCUUUGCUCAGGUGAGGUGAGGUGGGUUCCUCAGCAGGCAGCAGGGACAAUGCUUCCUUCUGCUGGAAAUGGUGAUUCCUUCUGUCAUCUCACCCUUCCUUCCAAGGGAGGGAGCACAGAGCAGGCUCCUGCCUUCUCCAGGGAGUGAGGAGCUGGGGGUGCUGGGGACAGGGUGGCCUUGGGGUCCCCCAGGGUGUGGAGCUCAGGAGAGCAGAUGGAGAAGAGUUCAGGCACCUGCAGGCAAAGCAGCCAUGGGGCUGGAUGGGUCUGCUCUUCCUGGGAGAGCACAGAGGGUUUAACACACUAUGCAGUUAAAUUCUGAACUGACUGUUACA